AUGGACGCUUCUAAGACCUCGAAGAAACGCAAGGCUGUCACUCGAGAUGUCGAGGAGGAAGCUGGUGUAUUCUCUGGGGACGAGUUGAAUUCGGAUAACCUCGACGGUGUACUCUCGGACAAUGCAAAUGACCUAUCGGACACAGACUCAGACUCGAGCGAUUCGGAAGUCGAAAUUGUUGACGAUUUUAGUGAUGAGGAUGAAGAUGAUGAGGAGCUGGACAGUGAUGAAAUCCCUUCAGAUGAGGAAGAUGUGAUCAAGAGAAAAAAAUCUGGCACUACGGCAGCCAAUCUCGACGGGUCAUUGGAAGAGAAAUCGAGCUCCAGCGAUGAGGAGCAACUCAAUUACCGUAUUGAAAAGGAUGCAUAUGGCAAUGACCGCUACGUUUAUGAUGAGAUAAACCCAGAUGAUAACUCGGAAUACUCCGAGGUCGACGAGAAUGCCAACACCAUCGGCAACAUUCCUCUUUCUUUCUACGACCAGUAUCCUCACAUUGGUUAUGAUGUCAAUGGAAAGAAGAUUAUGAGACCUGCAACGGGCGAAGCUCUAGACUCAUUGCUCGACAGCAUUGAAGUUCCUAAGGGUUGGACCGGGCUCACAGAUCCUUCAACUGGAAAGCCACUGGAACUUAGCCAGGAUGAGUUGGAACUAUUGCGCAAGAUCCAGAUGAACGAGAUACCGGAAGAAGGCUACAACCAGUAUGAGCCUGCUGUUGAGUGGUUUACCAGCAAGCAGGAGAUCAUGCCGCUAAGUGCAGCCCCCGAGCCGAAGCGUCGAUUUGUACCAUCGAAGCACGAAGCCAAGCGUGUUAUGAAGAUUGUCAAGGCAAUUAGGGAUGGUCGCAUUCUACCAUAUAAACCCCCAAAAGAGGAGGACGAGAAUGAGGACAUGGCGAGAUACGAUCUGUGGGCGGAUGAAGCAGAGCGACCUGAUCACCCGAUGCACGUUCCUGCUCCCAAGCUUCCUCCACCUGGCUACGAGGAGAGUUACCAUCCACCUCCUGAGUAUCUUCCCAAUAAAAAUGAACGGAAAGCCUGGGAAGAAGCUGAUCCAGAAGAUCGCGAGAAGGAUUUCCUUCCAAAUGAUUUCGGCUCCCUUCGGAAAGUCCCUGGCUAUGAAAACUUUGUCAAGGAGAAGUUUGAGCGUUGUCUGGAUUUGUAUCUUGCCCCUAGAGUUCGGAGGAGCAAGCUGAAUAUUGAUCCGGAGAGUCUUCUCCCCAAGCUUCCUAGUCCUGAGGAACUGAAGCCGUUCCCUACCGCAUGUGCAGCCGUCUUUAGAGGACAUAAGGGGCGUGUCCGUACUCUAUCUGUUGAUCCAUCCGGUAUUUGGCUUGCAACUGGAGGCGAUGAUGGGACGGUCCGCAUUUGGGAGCUUCUUACUGGCCGUCAGCUGUGGAGUGUGAAACUAAGUGACGAGGAUGCUGUCAACGUUAUCCGGUGGAGACCUGGCAAGGAUGUUGUCAUUCUGGCUGUUGCAGCUGGUGAUGAUGUCUUCCUUGCAGUUCCACCCAUCGUUGACCCAGAAACUGAGAAGGCUAGUCUGGAAGUCCUGGACGCAGGCUGGGGGUUUGCAGCUUCGAAACCAAUCCCAAGUGCUGCGGAGGCGAAUAAAAAGAACACUCCUCCACAGUGGAUCCGUCCAUCAUCAUCCCUUGCGGAAUCUGGGGUUUGCGCUGUUAUCCCCCUUCGAUACGUCGCGAAGUCUCUCUCAUGGCACCGCCGUGGCGACUAUUUCGUUACAGUAUGCCCUGGUUCGUCCACACCAGCAUCUGUAGCGAUUGCCAUUCACACUCUUUCGAAACAUCUGACUCAAUUCCCCUUCCGCCGACGUAUCAAGGGUGGUGGACCUCCGCAAACUGCACAUUUUCACCCGUCGAAACCUGUUCUUUUUGUUGCCAACCAACGAACAAUCCGCGCUUAUGAUCUCUCUCGUCAGCUACUCGUCAAGAUCAUUCAGCCAGGGGCGCGCUGGAUAUCCUCCUUCGAUUUCCACCCCUUUUCAUCUACAUCCUCUGGUGGGGAGAACCUCAUUGUCGGAUCUUACGACCGUCGUCUUCUAUGGCAUGAUCUUGAUCUUUCUUCACGUCCUUACAAGACAUUGCGGUAUCAUCGCAAAGCUAUCCGCGCUGUUAAAUUCCACCCAGGUGGCCGCUACCCCCUGUUUGCUGACGCCAGCGACGAUGGCUCCCUCCAAAUCUUCCAUGGCAGCGUGACUGGUGAUAUGCUCAGCAAUGCUACUAUCGUGCCCCUGAAAGUUCUCAAGGGCCACAAGAUCACCGGCGAACUGGGUGUGCUAGAUGUCGAUUGGCACCCGAAGGAACCGUGGUGUGUCAGUGCAGGAGCGGAUGGAACAUGUCGUUUAUGGAUGUGA